AUGUCGUACGGCUGUGGGACGGUGUGCCUGCCUAUCAUCCGCAGAGCCCUGCUGACCUUCAUGGCCGUGGAGGCCACGUACUCCUCCUACGAACUGUUCCUCAAACCGGGCGCCAUCUUUAUGUACUAUCGCGUGAGCGACAUGGUAGCUGAAUGCAGAGAAGAAGUAACCGACAUAGUGGUCAUCUUUACCAACGACUGUGAGAGUAUGGUUCUGGUCAUGUACAACUCGGCCGGAGGAACAAUAAUGUAA